GAUUGACCCAUCCUGGACUGAUCUUCACUUGGGGAUUUAACGUUUAUUCUUUGCUGUUGGUAGAUGUCGAACUGUUGAAGAGCAAUGGAGCUUUCGUUUCAGAUUCACAUCUUAACAGCCUUUGUGUCAUGUAUUAAGGUUUAUGGUCAAGUGGUACAACCUUACAAGCAUCCAGGCCUGCAGGUGUUGGCCACAGCCUCACACUAUUGGCCUCUGGACGCUGUUGAAGGGAUCCAUGACCUGUGGGACCUGAUCGGAAACAGACCAGGUCACAUUAACGGAAGUAAUAUAACACUCAGAAUCCACAACCACACUGUGCUCCCCUCCUCCCAUAACUCUUCCUAUGUGUAUACCAAUGACUCUGCCUACACUAACAUUUCUGCAACAGUAGACAUAGUUGAAGGAAUGGUCAACAAGGGUAUCUUUCUGAAUGGAGAUAAUGGUGGCACAUUUCUUCACUUUGGAAGCUACCAGAACUCCUGCAUUAGUGAUCCUACUUUGUGCGGCCCUGAAGGGAUCACAUUCUCAUUCUUUUGGAAAAACCAAGAGGCACAGUCCCGUUUUGCCUUUGCAUCCGGGGGUAAAGUUAUUUCCAAUGGCUUCUCUGUGUAUGCCAAUCCCCAUGGAGGAUAUGUGGAGUUUUACACGAGAGGCAACCACCAGAGAUGGAAGACCAAUAUCAGCCUUCCAGGCCCUUUCUGGACCCAUGUUCUCUUCACAUGGACACUCAGUGAUGGUCUGAAGGUCUUCAUCAAUGGGACCUUCUGCACCGCGGACCCCACCGGCAGCGUCUCUAAGAACUAUGGCGACCCCUACCCUGACCUCGUUAUUGGAACCGGCAACGACAAGGCGUACGGCCACUACGUCACCGGGGCAUUUGACGAGUUUGUCAUCUGGGAGAGGGCUCUUUUACCCCAGGACAUCUUGUUGUACUACAACGCCGCCAUAGGUCAAGCUAUGGUUUCUCCCACAACACCAAGUGUACCUCAAGAAGUGAUUAUUACAACACCAACACUUGGAGCCACCGAGGUGAGUCCCCCUGUCAUCAGCAGUGAGCCAGAUGAGCUCCACAGUUCUCCGGACCCUGUGGAGUCCAUGCCCAUUUUGGGCUUCUUAGAGGCGCUGCCACGGAACCUGCCCAACCGAACUAUUCCCUAUAACACCGCCAACAACUUCACACAGACUUUCCUCAAAAGUGUUGAAGAAGUGCUGUCAUCUCCAGGAUGGAUUGUUGCUAAGCAGUAUUCCACCCCUGUGGUGAGCGGUCUAAUUGAGACAGUGGACAGAGUGAUGGAACACAUGGUGACCAAUCUGGAGCCCAGGCCAACCUCUCUCAUCUCCCUGGAUGGAACGUCUUUUGUUGCAGAUUAUUCCCUGAUGAAAUUCCCGCAGAACUACAACCUGCCACACUACCGUUUCCCGACACAGGGCAAGAACUACAUCUCAGUGCCUGGGGAGGCUUUCACCAUGGAGUCUCAAACCACAAUCGUUGGCCUCUUCUAUCAUAACAUGCACAGCUACUACAAAGAGAUCAGCCCAGUCAAAACCAGGAUUAACAAGGCAGCUAACUUUAGGGAUCAUAAAAUCCAGGUGGCCAGUUGCCUCAUCUCUCUGAAGGUGGAGCCCUCACCGGCCCUGUCAGUAAACCUGUCUGGUGCACCGCUCAUUAAGAUUGUCCUCACUCAUGUCCUGAGUAAAAACCAACAAGACCAAGCUUUAAAUGAAAGCAACAAAGUCUUCCUCUACUGCGCCUUCUUGGACUAUAGUUCAAAGGAGGGAGUAUGGUCCAAUGAGGGCUGUGUGCGCUCCAGUGGAAACAUGACCUACUCUGUCUGCCUCUGCAACCACCUCACCAACUUCGCCAUCCUUAUGCAGGUGGUGCCCAUUAAGCUCACAAAUGUCCACCGGGUGGCACUGUCAACCAUAGGCUACGUUGGCUGCUCCGUCUCCAUCUUCUGUCUUGCCAUCACUCUGGUGACUUUUGCAAUCCUCUCGUCAGUGAGCACCAUCCGAAACCAGCGGUACCACAUCCAUGCCAACCUGUCCUUCGCCAUCCUGGUAGCUGAGAUCUUGCUGCUCAUCAGCUCUCGCUUCGACCCGGGCACGCUGCCCUGUAAGGUGAUGGCCAUCUUGCUUCACUUCUUCUUUCUGAGCGCCUUUGCCUGGAUGCUGGUGGAGGGCCUCCAUCUCUACAGCAUGGUAGUCAAGGUCUUCGGCUCUGAAGACAGCAAACACUUCUACUACUACGGCAUUGGCUGGGGCUCCCCACUUGUGAUCUGUGUGGUCUCCAUAACUUCAGCUCUGGACAGUUACGGAGAGAGUGAUAACUGUUGGCUAUCAUUAAAGAACGGAGCAAUCUGGGCAUUUGUGGCACCAGCCCUGUUGGUCAUUGUGGUAAACAUUGGCAUUCUGGUGUCUGUGACAAGGAUCAUAUCUCGUAUCAGCGCAGAAAACUACAAGGUUCAUGGAGAUGCCAAUGCAGUCAAGCUGACAGCAAAGGCAGUGGCUGUGCUCCUGCCUAUCCUUGGCAUUUCCUGGAUCUUUGGUGUUCUUGCUGUCAACACACACUCCCUGCCAUUCCUCUAUAUUUUUGCUGUAUUCAACUCGUUACAAGGAUUCUUUGUCUUCCUUUUCCACUGUCUGCUCAAUUCUGAGGUCAGAGCUGCCUUCAAGCACAAAACCAAGGUGUGGUCUUUAACCAGCAGCUCAAUCCGAAACAUCAAUGUGAAACCCUUCAACUCUGACAUUAUGAAUGGAAACAAGGAAGGCGUGACUCCCACUAAAAUGAACACAUGGGACAAAAGUACCAACUCAGCCAAUCGCAUCGACCUCUCUGCUGUCUAAAACCACAGAUCAUCACGUCUGUCCAUGGCAGAAGCAAGAGCGCAAUCUGAAGCUAACUGAAGCUAUAUGGUAUAGGUUGACAAACACUGGCAGAGUAUUAUUUUUCCCACUGUUUUAUGUGAUGAAUAGUAAACUUGUGUCCACUCAAACAAAAACAUGAUACCAAAGGAGGCAUUACAUGGACUAGCAGCCUCAUGUUCAAAGACAAACAGACUCCAUGGACUGUGCCUUUCCGUUGUCUCACUGGAAGACAUCAUGUGUUUCCUAAAACUAGGGCAGGGAUUUCUGAGGAGACACAACGUCAGCAAGCUGACAGAGAGCUUUAGGAUCUCUGAGCAUGGCUCAGAGUCUGACAUUGACACCCUGACGUGCCUUACUGCAAAAAUGCCUCUUAGCCUCUAUGAUCUGAAAAAAGACAACACACACAAAUGUGUCUGUGCUCGUCUGUAACCUAGUCCUAUCUGUCUUACGAGGAGGAAUUAUUAUUUGGCCAGAGUUUUAGAGAGCACAGACAUGCUCUUCGACAUGUAAAUUUUCCUUUGUCACAUCACAGUGCAAUACAAUGCCACCUGCUUUUGUCCACUGGCAGAAGUUUGUGGCUAAUCUGAGAGCUGAAAUAAUGUAACACGGUUAAGACAAACUGAGAUGGUAGUUACAGCAUCCUGAUUGUCAAAUGGCUGUGGCUGGGUACACAUGUAUAACCUUGGAUGAAUGCCAAGGAAAGCAGGGUCAUGUCUCAUAAAAAGGUGGUAUAUUUACAAUUUGAAAAAAAAUGGCGUAAUUGAGAAUUAUUUCACCACCGGUUAAAGGAAUUUGGGUCGUAAUCCACUCUGCCUGUUAAAUCUGCCUGUCCUCUUGUUCUUACUGCAGUAUGGACCUCAACAUCAUUGAUCUCAUUUGCACAAUAUUGAUCCAUAUUUCAGCAAAAUCACAGCAUGAUAACGUCAUGAUAACAGUGACCUUUGCAGCAAAUUAGAUUUCCACACCCUGAUGUAUUUAUUCGUUUUGUUCCUCGGAGCUCUGCGUCGUGUUUUUAGAAGUUUCAUUGUACUGCAAUUGAGCAGUCAGUCAUUGUUUUCUGAUUUUGAUCAAAACUAUUCCUCCAUUCCAGCCUUUUACUUGUUCUAGAAGUGAACUGACUAUGGUAUUUUGCAGUACCUCACAUCCUAGUAAACUGCAGUAUUUAAUGGAUUUUUGAAAAGUAUUUUGGAAUACUUUGUUGUGUUUCAGACACUCUUCUGUGAAUUUUUGAGGUUUGUUCAACUAUUUCUGUUGCUAAUGUUCUUUUGAAGUUCAUAUAUUUUUAAAAGUUCAUUUAGAAAAUAAAAUUUUAAAAAAAUCUUGAAAUAUGUAUUCUGCAACACAGGGCUUUGAUUUGAAGUCCAGGUAAAUGUGUUUAUUCUUAAUAUACUGUGAGAUUGGAAGGGAAAUAAGCAUGUUUCAAAACUCUUGAUUGAUCUUACACUGUACCAAAAUGUAGUUUCUUAAAACAGGAUUUACUGUAAAUCACUCACACUCACUCUUCAUGUCACUUUUCACUCAGUAGUUAAAGUAUUUAAAAACUCAUAUGGUCAUGUCUGUUAGAGAUUGUUUUUAAGGUACUAUGCUCAAAGCUGUCUGUGCUUCUGUUAUGUUUAUUAAAAACAUAU